AUGCCUCCAAAGUUUGAUCCAACUGAAGUUAAGUACUUGUACUUGAGAGCCGUCGGUGGUGAAGUUGGUGCUUCCGCUGCUUUGGCUCCAAAGAUCGGUCCUUUGGGUUUGUCCCCAAAGAAGGUCGGUGAAGACAUCGCCAAGGCCACCAAGGAAUUCAAGGGUAUCAAGGUCACCGUGCAGUUGAAGAUCCAAAACAGACAAGCCACCGCCUCUGUGGUGCCAUCUGCCUCUUCUUUGGUCAUCACUGCCCUAAAGGAACCUCCAAGAGACAGAAAGAAGGACAAGAACGUCAAGCACAGCGGUAACUUGCAAUUGGAAGACAUCAUCGACGUCGCCAAGCAAAUGAAGGACAAGUCUUUCGGUAAGAACUUGGCCUCCGUCACCAAGGAAAUCUUGGGUACUGCCCAGUCCGUUGGCUGCCGUGUCAACUACAAGAACCCUCACGACAUCAUCGAAGCUAUCAACGCUGGUGAGAUUGAGAUCCCAGAAAACUAA